GCUUAUAUGCUUAUAUGCUUUCUUUGUUUACUCAAAAUCUUAAUCCACAUAGUUCAGAUUGUGAGUAGAACCACGGAUAAGAGACUUGCAGAGAGAGAGAGAGAGAGAGAGAGAGAGAGAGAGAGAGAGAUAGAGAGAGACGAAGAACUAACAAGGAAAUGGUGGCGGGAAGUUCAAUUCAACCUCGAUUAAUCUCCUCCUUUAUGGGGGAUGUCCGCUUUCUUCCCUCGAAUUCUACUCAUUCAAUUCGGCGUCUCUUCAAUUAUAAUUCAGAAAGACGACGUGUUUCGAUGCAAAUGUCGAGGACGUUUUCGGGAUUAACAGAUUUAUUGUUUAACAGAAGAAAUGAAGAAGAAUCCUCAGAAAACAAAAGGAAACGCUUAAUGCCCGGGAAAGUAUCUCCCAGAAGGCCGGUUCCCAGUCAGAUACCAUUGCCUCCUUAUAUCAAAUCUAGGAAACCACCUGGAAUUGGAAGCAAGCCUGAAAUACACGAUGAGAAGGGGAUAGAGUGCAUGAGAGCUUCAGGAAAGCUUGCUGCCCAGGUUCUUCAGUAUGCCGGCACUUUAGUGAAGCCAGGCAUCACAACAGAUGAAAUUGACGAAGCAGUUCAUCAAAUGAUUAUCGAUAAUGGAGCAUAUCCAUCUCCUCUUGGUUAUGGUGGUUUUCCAAAGAGUGUAUGUACAUCAGUGAAUGAGUGCAUUUGCCAUGGAAUCCCGGAUUCACGCGUCCUUGAGGAUGGUGACAUAAUCAACAUUGAUGUUACAGUUUAUCUUAAUGGUUAUCAUGGUGAUACAUCUGUAACAUAUUUUGUUGGAGAAGUUGACGAGAAGGCUAGAAACUUAGUUAAGGUAACGAAAGAAUGUCUUGAUAAGGCAAUAUCAAUAUGUGCACCAGGAGUUGAACUUAAGAGAAUCGGCAAGAAAAUUCAUGACCAUGCAGAUGAACACCGUUAUGGAGUUGUCCAGCAGUUCGUUGGCCAUGGAGUUGGACGGACUUUCCACAGUGAACCAGUGGUUCUUCAUUACAGAAACAAUGAGCGUGGACGAAUGUUGUUGAACCAAACUUUUACUAUCGAACCAAUGUUGACAAUCGGCAGCAUUAAACCGAUAAUGUGGGAUGAUAAUUGGACUGUCGUCACAGAGGAUGGGAGCCUUUCUGCUCAAUUCGAACAUACCAUCCUAAUAACCAAAGACGGCGCUGAAAUACUAACCCAGUGUUGAUCGUCGCGCUACGAAAAAGAAUUCGUCGCACAUUGAUUUCGUUACAGGGUGUUUCGUGUAGAGGAAUACAUGUAACCUGUAAUUCGUAACAUCAUGUUUUAGUUAUUUUUCUGUGAUUUUUUUUUUUUUUUUUUAA